AGAAAGAAUUUAAACCCGGAUCUCCUACAGUCUCUCCCAACUCGGGUUCAGCCCGCCUCUUUCCAUCCAGAUCUGCUUUGCAAACUCAAAGCCCCGACCUGUGAAGCGCAGCAGACAGGACGAACAAAUUUCUAACUGACUUCUGCUCGCCUCGGCGCGAGAGCAAACGGCGCCAAGCUCAGGGAGGCCAGCCAAACCAGAGAGAGGCCUGACCCGCGUCUUACUGCCCCAUUGGGCGACUGCGCCACGGAGAGCGUCGUCGUCGUCGUCGUCUCACGUAGCUAAGAUGGCCGCCCCUCUUGAUCGGGCGGCGUCGGUGGCGGUGGUUGGAAUGGGUUUUUCGUUACAGCGGAAUCGCUGAAGAGGCUGAGAGCUACCGGGAUCCCUUCUUUAGUGGUGUGCGAUUGGGGACGGAGGCACCAUGCGGCGGAGCUAGAGCUGGAGGCUUCCACUGCGAGUAAUGAUGUUAGCUGAGACCAAUCUUUCCAUAUGGGGAUGGGGAAGCCUUGUUGUUCUGCUUUUUCUAUUUACAUUUGGACCAUUCGCUAUAUUUUACUUUGCAUUUUAUAUCCUCUGCUCUAUGGGUGGGGGCUUUGUGGUAACACUCUUGUUUGGAAAAACUAAUUCAGAGAAGUACCUCGAACAGUGUGAACACUCCUUUCUUCCUCCAACCUCAUUUGGCAUUAAUAAGUGCAUAGAAGAAAUGAAAGAGGAAAGCAAACCUAUUAAGAUUGAUAGGAGGUUAACUGGUGCCUAUAUAAUUGAUGAACCUCUGCAGCAACAGUUUGCUUCCUACUGCACAAAAACCAAUGGAGCAGAAGAUCUUGUAGAUACAUUUUUUGAAGUUGAAGUUGAAAUGGAAGAGACCAUCUGUCGUGAUCUAGUCUGCACAUCUCCCAAAGAUGAAGAAGGAUUCCUAAGGGAUCUGUGUGAAGUUUUACUGUAUUUAUUGCUACCUCCCGGGGACUUCCAGAACAAGAUCAUGAGAUAUUUUGUCAGGGAAAUCCUUUCUCAAGGAAUUCUUCUUCCAUUAAUAAAUCAGCUCAGUGAUCCUGAUUAUAUUAAUCAGCAUUUCAUAUGGAUGAUUCGUGAUUCAAUUUGCAAUUAUGAGGCCUUUAUGAAUAUUGUUAAAGUAAGUGAUAAAAUAGGAGAGUUAGAAGCAGUAAGAGACAAAGCCACAGAAGAACUGCAGUAUCUUCGUUCCUUGGAUACAGCUGGAGAUGAUAUUAACCAUAUAAAAAAUCAGAUAAAUAGCUUACUCUUUGUUAAGAAAGUAUGUGAUUCAAGAAUACUGAGGCUACAGUCAGGAAAAGAAAUAGAUACUGUGAAACUGGCUGCAAAUUUUGGAAAACUUUGCACAGUCCCUCUGGACAACAUUCUAGUAAACAACGUUGCACUACAGUUUUUUAUGGAUUACAUGCAGCAGAUGGGAGGUCAAGCACAUCUUUUUUUCUGGAUAACAGUAGAAGGAUACAGGGUUACAGCUCAGAAACAGCUGGAAGUAUUGCUGAACCAUCAGAAGGAUGGAAUGCAUCAAACAACACAAACCAAAGGUCUGUUAAGAACAGCUGCAGUUGGAAUAUAUGAACAAUAUUUAUCAGAAAAGGCUUCUCCAAGAAUUAAUAUCGAUGAUCCAUUAGUAGUGAAGCUGGAAGAAAAGUUGAAUAAUGAGGACCCAACUCCUGAAAUUUUUGAUCAGAUUCAAAGAAAGGUAUAUGAAUUGAUGCUGCAAGACGAAAGAUUCUAUCCUUCAUUCAAACAGCAUGCACUUUAUGUACGAAUGCUUGCUGAGCUAGAUAUGCUAAAGGAUCCUAGUUUCAGAGGAUCAGAUGAUGGUGAAGGGGAAUCAUUUAAUGGAUCUCCUACAGGCAGUAUUAAUUUGUCACUGGAUGAUCUUUCAAAUGUGACUGCUGAUGAGUUGAUACAGCUACAUGCGUGCAUUUCAGAUACUGUCUAUGCUGAUUAUGACCCAUAUACUAUGGCAGGAGUUUGUAAUGACCAUGGGAGGACAUAUGCAUUAUAUACUAUAACUGUUCAACGUCGAACUUUGACUGGUAAUGAUGAAUGGAAAACAUAUCGCCGCUACAGUGAUUUCCAUGACUUCCAUAUGAGAAUUACUGAACAGUUUGAAAACCUAGCAAAUUUAUUGAAGCUUCCUGGUAAAAAAACAUUCAACAAUAUGGAUAGAGAUUUUUUAGAAAAAAGGAAGAAAGAUUUAAAUUCAUAUUUACAGCUUUUGUUAACACCCGAAGUGAUGAAAGCUUAUCCGACUUUAGCACACUAUGUGUAUGAUUUCUUGGAAAACAAGGCAUACAAUAAAGAGAAAGGAGAUUUUGCUCGGAAGGUGGACACAUUUGUAAAUCCACUGCGUAACUCUAUGAGAAAUGUUUCAAAUGCUGUCAAGUCCAUCCCUGACAGCUUCACAGAGGGGAUGACAAAAAUGUCAGACAACAUGGGCAAAAUAUCAGAAAGAUUGGGACAAGAUAUAAAGCAAUCAUUUUUCAAGGAGCCUCCUUUAAUGCAGAAGACAUAUGUUGAUCCUAAACACUGUCGGGUUUCAGCACACCUAGAUGAUAAUGUAGAAGACAAUGUACCUCUUAAAAUAAUGCUGCUACUCAUGGAUGAAAUAUUUGAUCUGAAGGAGAGAAAUCAAUGGCUACGACGGAAUAUCAAAAAUUUGCUUCAGCAGCUUAUUAGAGCAAUGCAUGGAUAUACAAUAAAUAAAAAAAUAGUUGAUCAUGUUGAUUGGAUGACAUCUCCUGAACAAGUAGCAGAUGCAGUUAAACGGUUUAGAGAUGCCUUUUGGCCAAAUGGCAUUUUAGCUGAAACUGUUCCACACAGAGAUAAUGCAAUCAGAAUGCGAACGCGAAUUGCUGCAAAAACAAAACUGCUGGGAGUAAUGCCUGAUGAGUUGAAGCAUAUCCUUGGUGCUGAGACAACAAGAAAAGGCAUUCUCCGAGUCUUUGAAAUGUUCCAGCAUACUCAGCUAAAUAAGAGAAUGGUAUAUGUUUUUCUGGAGGGCUUCUUGGAAACCUUAUUUUCAGAGUAUGGAUUCCAUGAUCUCUUCAAAAAAUUGCAUUCACGUUCAAAGCAGAUGCAGGUAUAUAAACAUAAACUACAAUCUACACAAUCAUCUUAUUUACAGAAAAGGUGACACACUCUACUGUAAAAUUUGCCCAAAACCUGGGCAUGUUCUCUGGGGCUUAAAACUCAUGCUGUUAUUCUCACACCAGUCUUUUAGAAUCUUAUAUUAGAUCAUUAAUACAUACAUAAGAAAUGUGGUUCUUCUCAUUUUCAUCACUAAUGCAACCAUGAACUGGAUUCAUGUGUUUUAAAUGAUUUGGUAUCUUUGUGUAACAUUGAGAAGACUACUAGUCUGCUGUGAAAAUCUCUGUCUCUUCCGAAUCUUAUAGAUUGUAACUGCCAACAAUGAAAAAUGCUAUAUUGGAUCCAUUGAUUAAAGUAAAGCACAACUUCUAGGGUAGAAAAUAGAGGACUUGACUGCUUUGCUUGGAACUAGGAGAUUGUGCAAUGUGAGAAUCAGGUGUGAUUUGAUUUGUAUUAUGAGUAUCUCCUAGCUCUGCAGAAGUUGGACUAGCAUGAUAAGAAAUCUAGUGGACAAAUGGUUGUAAAAAAAAAUCUAUGCUUUCAAAUUAUUUUUCCUAAUUAAGUUUAAUAUGUGGAAAACCUUUAUGAACGUAAGAAAUACUUUGUUCAAGUUUUACUAUUAAGGGAAAAAAAACAGGGUUUUGAUAUAUUCUUCAAAUUAGUCCUUUCAGGGGUAUAUAUAACUUAAAUGAGAAGGUUCAAAACAAUAUUUAAAAUUAAACCAAGAAUUAGUAUAUUUAUUUCCUUGUUAAUAAUCUGGGAGAUUGGGAAAGAAGCAAAGAAAAAUACUAUGCUCUUGACAUUAUGAACUUCUUUUUUUAAAAAUCCCCUAUUUGACCAUAAAGAAAUCACUCUGAUACAUUCACCUCAGCUGGUAAAUUACUAAAAUGAAUUGUUACUGAUAUAAUAAUAAUAAUAAUGUUUUAAUUUGUAUACCGCCCUUCUCCCGAAGGACUCAGGGCGGUGAACAGGCAGAUAAAAUACAAACAGAAACAUACACCAUAAUUAAAACAACCCUUAAAAAACUGAUUCAAAUUUGCCAAAAAAUUUAAAAUAGCAAUUACACUCCAUAAAAAUUACAGAAAUUAAAAACCCAUAAUUAAAAUUUAAAAUCAGGCCAGUCCAGCCAUACCAAAUAAAUAGGUUUUAAGUUCGCGGCGAAAGGUCCUAAGGUCAGGUAGUUGUCGAAGCCUGAGGGGAAGCUCGUUCCACAGGGUAGGAGCCCCCACAGAGAAGGCCCUCCCCCUGGGGGCCGCCAGUCGACAUUGUUUGGCUGACGGCACCCUGAGGAGUCCCUCUCUGUGGGAACGUACCGGAUAAAAGUCUUACUGACUUUCCCUAUAGUCAUCUGCAAACCAUAGCAAGUUCCUGAAUAUAUAUCAUAUAUAUGAAGGAAAAUAAGCAUGAUUAUCAUAGCUUUUAAUAUUUUUUGCAUAAUAUAAAUUUCAAUAAAUCUUUUCUACAUCUGUUUUUACUUCCAGCAUAAUGACUACUUAUGAACGAAGUAAUAAUUGUUUAGACUUGAAUUUACAUUUCCCCCCCUUAUUUUUCUUCAAGAAUCCCUGAUAUCACCAAGAAAGUACUGUUUGUUUCAACUUCAAAAUAAUAUAUUAUGUAGUCUAUUUAAAAAGAUGUUUAAAUUCCUAAGAAUAGCCAAACUACAAUAUUAAUUUACUACUCUUAUAUUGAACAUUUUCAUUAAGAAUAUUUGGUUCAUUAACAUGAUUUCUUUUGAAGAAAUGUUUGACUUUUGAGUGUAAAUACUACUGUAUUUGCAAAAAUCUUGUAACUGAAGUUACUAUUUACAUUCAGGAGAAAAUAAUUUGCAGCUUCAAAAUAAAUGAAAUGCGAAAGGAAAGGAAGCUUGCUUAAUACUGGCCAAAUUGAAAAAGAAAUUUUUACAUGUUCAUUACAAGAAGCAUGUGCUAAAUUGCAAUUGCGGCUUUUUAAAAAAAAUAUUACAGAGUUAUAAACUAUAUGUAUAAUACCUUUUAGUGGUAGCAGAACAGCUUAAGAUAAAAUAUAUGAAAUAUCAUUUCCUGUCUAUCAUGCCUCAUGCUUCUAAAUAUAGAUAACAGUUGAUCAUCUUUAAUACAGUUCUGAUUUUUUUUCUUUUUCCCAUUUCUUAAUGAAAAAAUAAAAAUAGUUUGGCUAUACAAAUUAUAAUGAGAUUUAUGGCAUAUACAUAAUGAGAUGUAUAUGGCUAUACAAAUUAUAAUGAGAUUUAGAUACAUAAAUUUUUCUAUUUUAAAAAAAACAAAAUUAUUUUGCAUAGAAAAAUAGGACACCUGUCUAGCAUUCUACUGUUCUUUGCAUUUUAACUGAAGGAAUAUCGGGUACUUUGAAUUACCCCUGCAGUUUAAAUGUUCAUCCUCUCAACAGUUGUAUUUGACCUCUAAAUGUCCUUGUAUUCCAGGCAGUUGCUUUUUAAAGUGAUGGGCAACCAGAAUCUACAUAGACCAUCAGACAAAGGAAGCCCAGUGGGAGACAAAUUAGAACUAUCCUUCGAUUUCUUACUUGAACUUGAAAUAAUUAUUGUAGAUUAUCCCAGAUCUAAAAUACAAAUGGACAAAUCUCUGUCAGUAAAAUAGAAUGUAUCGCUUAUCCAUGAAUAUCAUCUAUAGGUUUUAGGAUUAUCCUCAGUAGUUGACUUUAGAAAUUAAUUUCUUAGCCAAUAAACCUUUGCAUUAAGGAAACAUAAUAUGCAUUUUAUGUUAAUAGUUACUAUAACAUAGUGUUUUGUCAUCUGUAUUUAAUUUCAAAAUGAGCCUACAGGGAGGUAGCAUGUUAUACACAUAGCCCUAAUAAAUUAUUAUAAUUACCUCACAUGUGAUCCAUUGACAUUACAUGAACUGUAGCCCAUCAUUUUAUACCCUUUAAAGCAUCCACCACAAUUUAUGUUAUUGCUGCACAUAAUUAGUCACACACAUCCCAGACUGAGAAUGCUAUGACUAGCCUCUGAAAAUAAAUGUGCCAUUGUCCAACAAAUGCAUUUAGCCUUAAUUUAAGAGAAUGGAUAGUAAGGUUGAAUAUUCAUAUAGUUCACCCUCAAGCUUCUGCCUCUGGUGUUGCUACAAUUAAACAAUUUUAAUGCUACCAGAAAGUGUAAUAAUUUAAAAAAAUAAGAUAUGAACUCCACUCUCAGUUCUAACUUUAGUGCAAUAUUUUCAUGUAAUGCAUGUGUAUUUGAAUAAUUGUAAAAAACAUAUUUAAGGUUUUGAGAUCAAGGGUAAACUAUAUUAACAAUGUAUAAUAUUCAGUUAUUGCUGCUGUGUUGGCUUAUCUAAGGACUUGUUUUAAAAGUCUGGUUUGUCACUCCUUGAAAAUCUUUUCUAUGCUCAAAAAAGCAUAGUUCUUACUUUGCAAGGAGCAAAAUCUAAAGAGCACAUCAACAUGUAGAAUAUAUAUAAGUGACAUGUGCAUAAAAUUGUAUAUUAUGUGUCAACUGCGUGCCUAAUGGUUCUAUCAAUAUGCUUUUCUUUAAAGAAAAAAUGGGUAAAUGGAAUGCCAUAGUCUCUCUUGUUCUGAACAGUUGAAAAUUCUAAAUUUUUAUUUGGAGUUUCCAUUAUGUUUGUCCAACAAAGGAGCUGGGGAAAAAAGUACACUAAUAAAGCAUUAACAAGAAA